GAGAAGCUAUUCGUCGGGUUCGGGCUCGGGCCUCAUGAUAUUCAAAUCCGUUUCCCGCCACGAAUUCGUUUCCCCGGCGAGGCGUUUCCUGUCGUCUUAUCUCCGGGAUCGCUACGGCUUCAUUCCCCCACCCUCCCUUGUGCCCUCCGAUCCAAACCCUAGCUCGCCGGCGGAUUCAGGUUGGAAGAAGAAGAAGAAGAAGAAGAAGCCCCCGUACAAGCCGCCAUCCUCCCUGGAUCUCGCUGGCCGGAAGCCGGUGCAUUCCGACUUGCCAUUCGACUUCCGGUUCAGUUACACGGAGAGCAACCACUUGACGAAGCCUAUUGGGUUGCGGGAACCCAAGUACUCGCCUUUUGGCCCUGGUGCUCUUGACCGCACCUGGACUGGCGUCUGUGCCCCCGCCGUUGACCCCACUGUGCAUUCUGUUGAUGAGGGCGUGCCGGAGGUGGAUGAGGAGGAGGUGAAGGAAAGGAGGGAGAGGAUUCUUGGAGAACCGCUUACGCUGGCGGAGCGGAGCUUCUUGAUUGAUAAGUGCCAGAAGCACAAGACCAAGCGCCAAGUCAAUUUGGGGAGAGAUGGACUAACCCAUAACAUGUUGAAUGAUAUUCACAAUAACUGGAAGCAUUCUGAGGCCGUUCGGAUAAAGUGUCUUGGUGUACCUACUGUUGACAUGAAGAAUGUCUGCACUCAGCUUGAGGAAAAAACUGAAGGUUUAAUUAUCCACAGACAUGGUGGUCAGAUCAUAUUGUACCGAGGAAGACAUUAUAAUCCCAAGAAAAGGCCUGUAAUUCCAUUGAUGUUAUGGAAACCUCAUGAACCAGUUUAUCCAAGGUUGAUUAAAACAGUGAUUGAUGGAUUAACUGUUGAAGAAACUAAGGAAAUGAGGAAGAGAGGACUUGCUAUUCCUGCUUUGACAAAACUGGCUAAGAACGGUUACUAUGCCAGUCUUGUGCCAAUGGUGCGAGAUGCUUUUCUAACUGAUGAGCUAGUUCGUAUAGACUGCAAAGGCCUGCCAAAGAGUGAUUACAAGAAAAUUGGUGUUAAGCUUAGGGACUUGGUGCCGUGCGUUCCUGUGACCUUUGACAAGGAGCAGAUUGUGGUUUGGAGGGGAAAGAACUACAGCAGUGCAACACAAGAAAACUCGGAAGUAAAAUCAUUCCCCCAAAUUGCUGAAUCUGAUGUUGAUGCAGACAACAGCAACUGUUCUCCUGAUCAAAGCUCAGAUGAUAACCAAUUCUCUCACACAUCAGAUGGUAGUGAACCAGAUCAAAGUACAGAUAGUGAAUGAUAUUCUUAGACGGGAAUUGAAGCUGCACAAGAAACACCAAGAUACUCAUAUUUCACUCAGUGUUAAGAUUUUGCAAUUCAGAUUCCUCCUUUGUUUAGUGAGAACUGGUGCUGGGAUGAACAAGCAAAUGAUGAACUGCAAGUCAACAAAUUUCAGCUUUUACUUGCCAUACUCUUCGGUAAAAGAAAAUCUCCACAGGAUUAUCAGAUUAGGAAAACUGUUUACUGUUGAUUCAGCGAGAUAUUGAUAGGCUAAUUAUAUUUCUCUCUCUUUGAGAGUAACAUCUAUGCCAAAGAUUUUGAUUUAUUAGUGAUGUUACUUAAACUGUGGUUUGAUAUAGAUCACAGAGUGCAAAUUUGUAAGUCUUUACAUGCAAUUACAAAUUUUAUGCGGGUGUAUAUGCAAAAUCUCAUGGACUGUGUAAACAAAAUAGAGAGCUGUGUCUUGCACUAAGAACUUCUUUGCUACGUCUGGCAUCCUCCUCUUCUCGCCUCUCUCUCUCUCUCUCUCUCUCUCUCUCUCUCUCUCUCUCUCUUGAACAGUAGCUCUAAUGGCGAAAUGUCUGGCAAUUAUCCCCCAUUUUGUCCAUGUGGUCCUCUUAAACCGCCCUGUUCCCACCCAAUCUCCUUCCUCCGUCCUCGGUGCCAUUGCCGUUCUCUCCCUGGGCGAGUAUGCUUGGAAUGGCAAUGCCAGGGGUUUGGGCAAUGAAAUGGAGCUGGGGAAUGAGAAUGAUGGUUUUGAGGCGCACUUUGGUGGGAUUGGAUCGACGGGUGGGAGCUUGAUGAUAUUGUGAAUCUGUGAGAACCUGGAAGUUAUUUGCUUCGUCGGUUGCUUCUUUUAUUGUGGACAUUGCACAAGUAAUUAUCAUUGCAUUGCUGCUUUAUCUUUGAACUGCAUGUUUGGCUUUUUCAAGUUCUGCAAACUACUUCCCACUCACUUCGAAAAUGAUAAAUUAUCUCACCAUUAAUUGCUCCCUGAAGUAAUGACACGGCCAUAAAGGAAAGUAAGUAUUCUAUUUCCAAUACACUUCAGAAUCUAGCCACAAUGUUCUCUUGGAUUAUGAUUAAUAAUAUAUAUGCAUGCUUGUUAUUUGUGAAAUAGUGUAACAGAUUAUUCUCCAUUCUGUCUGAAAAUGCUUUGCAUACUUGUUUGCAUUUAUUUAUCAUUUGAUAUUGAUUUGCAUAUCUUCUCAUUUUGGGCCAUUGAUAAGGUGCACCAUUAUUUGUUAUUUUUUUAUUAUUAUUUUUUUAAUACCAAGUAAUAUGAAUAAGUUCAUAAGUACAGGGGGAAAUGACAGAGGAGAAAAAAAUUGGAAGGCUGAAAGACCUUGCUAAAUGACUAAAAGAAAGAGUUUGAGAUUAGGCCCGACUUUCAUCAAAAUUGGGCAGCAAUUUUCUACAAGGGUGGACAUUCUUGUACAAGAAUAUGUUGAUCAACUCUCUGAAUUUCAGGUCGGGUAUAUCAUGCAAGCUUGAAGGGACAGGAAAUUGUGAUUAAAGUGUAGAGACCUGGUUUGAAAGAACUUUUGACAUUGAUUUGAAGAACUUGAGGAUUGAUCUUAUGCAAAACAGUGAAUAUAUAUAUAUAUAUAUUUGUAAAUCAUUAUGCAUCCAGAGCAAAGUGGCUGCUAGUUCACUUUGCAAAACAUUGACCAUCAUAACUAUCUCAUCAUUCUGAUAUUCAGGUAAUAGCUGAAUACCUCCAGAAGGUGGAUCCUAAGUCGGAGAGAUUGGGUUGCAGUUUAUGAUGAUUGUGCCUCGUGUAUCAGGUUAUGUUUCUCUAUGGUUCCAUUAUUGAAUCAGUAUUGAUGUGAUUGAUCCACAUUAUUCACUUUAAUGAUAAAAAUUUUCAGUUUGAGUCAAUUCUAAAUGAUAAGUUAAUGAUAAUGACUGAUAUAUGCCAAACAUAUUCUGUUCUGGUUUUUUAAUUCCAAAGUCGAUACAGCAAAGUUGAUGUAUAUUUUUUAAUGCUAAUUGGGCAAGCAUCAUGAUUAAGUUCUCUUUUUUUUUUCCUCUCUUUUCCCCAUGCAUCAUGACUGCUGAGGCACACAGGCACUGUUUUUGCUGGUGUGAUGCACUCUCAUAUGUAGACCCAUGAUUACUUUCCAAUUAGGUGAACUGUUCUUUAUCUUGAUAAAAAUUGCUACUUUACAUAAUAAAACUUAGACCACUUGGAAAAAUACCAACCUCAACUGAUAGCACCAUUUGGAGCCCAAAGCACAUAUGGCAGACUUGGCAGUAUAAUGAACCACUCGAGAAAGAUUUUCUGUAAACACUACUAAAAAAUGCAUUUAUCUGCUUUUAGAUUUGAUAAUACCGUUGCUUUCUUUAGGAGAUAGAUUGCACCAGAGAAGCAGCUAAUGCCAAACAAUUUUCCAAGAACUUUGGAAUUAUGGAUUAUGCAAUGGUGCCAAAUAUCUUCUGGGAGUACAUCACCCCACUU